AUGAAUUUGGAGAAGUGGGCAGAUAGGAAACUUAGUGUUAAUGCACAAGACAGCAAGGCUCUUGGUAUUAAAGCAAUUCUGUAUCAGCUGAUUGGGAUCAAGGAUAAAGUGACUGAAUACUUUGAUGAGGCCUUGAAGUUUGAUCCUGACAUUGAGUCUGAGUACUGGUGGCUGUCUGGGGAAAAGCACCACUUCUCUGUACCGAGAUCUGGAGCUAUGCUCAGGCUGCUGGCAAAAAAACGAAAGUCUGCAAUAGUGGGAGAGCUCAACGUCUGCAACACACCGGGAGAUUUAUUGAAAGAGAAGCUCGAUCAGCUGCAGUGUCACUUCACAUGGAGGCCACAGAAGGAAACUAUUGACUUGGACGAUAUGAGGUUGAAACUCCAAAAUUCUCUUAGAUUUAGUGUAAAACAUAAAGCUCAAUUCUACAACCAUCUUGCUUUUAUAAACUGUCUGCAAGGUCAUUUUGAAGAAGCCUUUGAAAACUUAAUGGAAGCUGAAAAGUUUCUGAGGGAGGAGUACAAAGAUGAAUUUGAAAGAAGAAGCAUCAUCACCUAUGGAAACUUUGCCUGGGUGCAUUACCACAUGGGACAACUGACCGAGGCCCAGUCCUAUCUCGACAAGCUGGAGAUGAUCUGUAAACCGCUCAGUGAUGGCCCUCGCUAUACAGCAAUGAUACCCGAGGUGUACGGGGAGAAGGGAUGGUCAUUAAUGAGUUCUGGUGCUGAAUACUAUGAGGAGGCAAAGGCAUGCUUUGCAAAGGGUCUGAAGCAAGAUCCUUUCAACUUGGAGUGGAUGACUGGAUUUGCAUCUGCACAGACUCGUCUGACAUCAACGUCUGGAACCCCAGAGAGCCGAGAUCAGAGUCAAUCAUGGGAGAGCUCAACGUCUGGUAAUAAAACCAAGUCCACCAUCAGAGAUUUAUUGAAAGAGAAGCUCGAUCAGCUGCAGUGUCACUUCACAUGGAGGCCACAGAUGGAAACUAUUGACUUGGACAAUCUGAUGUUCAAAUUGCAAUAUUCUCUGACAUUGGGUGUAAAAUAUCAGGCUGCAUCAUACAACCACCUUGCUUUUGUAAACUGUCUGCAGGGUAAUUUUGAAGAAGCCAUUGAAAACUUAAAGGAAGCUGAAAAGAUUCUGAUGGAGAACCACAAAGAUGAAUAUGAAAGAAGAAGCAUCAUCACCUAUGGAAACUUUGCCUGGGUGCAUUACCACAUGGGACAACUGACCGAGGCCCAGUCCUAUCUCGACAAGCUGGAGAUGAUCUGUAAACCGCUCAGUGAUGGCCCUCGCUAUACAGCAAUGAUACCCGAGGUGUACGGGGAGAAGGGAUGGUCAUUGUUGGGUUCUGGUGCUGAAUACUAUGAGGAGGCAAAGGAAUGCCUUGCAAAGGCUCUGGAGCAAGAUCCUGACAACACUGAGUGGAUAAUGGGAUAUGCAACUGCACUAUUUCGGCUGGAAGCAUUUUCUGGAACCCCAGAGAGUCGUGAUCAGAGUCGGUCAGUGAAGUAUUUCCGACGAGUACUGGAACUUGAUCCAGAUGAUGCUGUGGCCAUGGUGCUGUUGGCUCUAAAACUGCAGAGGUUAAGGCAAAAUGUGGAAGCAAAUGAAUUAGUUGAACAAGCAUUGAAAAAAACUUCUGGUCUUCCAUAUGUGCUUCGCUAUGCUGCAAAAUAUUAUAGAAUAAGGGGAUCUGUGGAGAAAGCAAUCGAGCUCUUGAAAAAAGCAUUAGAAUUAACUCCCAACUCUUGUUUCAUACACCACCAACUUGGAUUGUGCUACAGAAGUAAGCUGAAAUACACUCGUUGCAGAUCUCCUCACAAUCCUGUAUUUCAUCAGAAAGCUGAGUUGAUCAACCUGUGCAAGUAUCACUUUGAAAAGUCUUUUGAGCACUGUAGAAGGUCAGCUACUAAACCACAGCUGGACUUUGCACAGAUCUGCAUAACAAGUGGGGAAUAUUCCAGAGCAGAGGAGACUUACCGUAGAUUGGUGGAGUUAGUGGACAUUCGUCCAGAGAAUAUGCAGCGUAUUUGUCUGGAAGCUGGGUUAUUUGAACUGUACCAGAAAAGAUCCGAAACAAAUGCUGUUCGCCUCUUCCUGAAAGGAGUGAAAAUUGAAUAUAACUCAAGAGAACGAGAAAACUGUCGUAUGAAUUUGGAAAAAUGGGCUGAUAGGAAACUUAGAAUAAAUGCACAUGAUAGCAAGGCUCUUGGUAUUAAAGCAAUUCUGUAUCAGCUGAAUGGGAUCAAGGAUAAAGCGACUGAAUACUUCGAGAAGGCCUUGAAGUUUGAUCCUGGCAAUGAGGAAUAUGUGAGUGCUCUUUCUCAAUUACACAUCUGA